AUGUCUCGGCCCAGCAGCAAAGCCAUUUACUUGCACCGGAAGGAGUACUCCCAGAACCUCACCUCAGAGCCCACCCUCCUGCAGCACAGGGUGGAGCAUUUGAUGACGUGUAAGCUGGGGACUCAGAGAGUGCGCGAGCCCAAGGAUGCCCUGCAGAAGCUGCAGGAGAUGGACGCGCAGGGCCGGGUGUGGAGCCAAGACUUGAUCCUGCAGGUCAGAAAUGGCUGGCUGCAGCUGCUGGACAUCCAAACCAAGGAGGAGCUGGACUGUUUCCGCCUGGACAGCAUCCAGGCCAUGGACGUAGCGCUCAACACCUGCUCCUACAACUCUGUCCUGUCCAUCACCAUGCAGGAGGUGGGCCUGCCAGGCGCCAGCACUCUGCUCUUCCAGUGCCAGGAAAUGGGGGCAUUGCAGCUGAGGACCAGCCUGGAGAAGGCCCUGGAGGAGGAGCAGGAGCAAAGCACACCUCACCCAGGCCAGGACAGAUGGAGGGGCCCUGUGGAGCAGGCACCCACUCUGGAGCGAGGGCUCCCCCCAGAGCGGCUGUACCAGAUGACCCCAGAGCACAGCCUCCCCUCAACCCCGAGGUCCCUGCCACGGCACCCCAGCACCCAAGAACCAAGCGCCUUCCCUCUGCCUCCUCCAAGCCGGUCCCCAUCCCCCGAGAACCCACAGAGGGAUGAGGAGGUGCUGAACCAUGUCCUAAGGGACAUCGAGCUGUUCAUGGGCAAGCUGAAGGAGGCCCAGGGAAAGACCAGCCGUAAGAAGAAGAGGAGGCUUGGGAAGAAAACCAAGGAUCAGGGCGAGCCGACAGAAGCACAGUACAUCGACUGCUUCCAGAAGAUCAAGUACAGCUUCAACCUCCUGGGAAGGCUGGCCAUCAGGAUGCUGGAGACGAGUGCCCCUGAGGUCGUGCACAUCCUCUUCCAAACUCUGGACUCGAUCCUGGCCGAGUACCCCAAGGAUCUAGCAGCCAAAGUGAUCUCACCCCUCCUCACCUCCAAAGCCAUCAACCUGCUGCACUCCUGUCUAAGCCCACCUGAGAAUAGCCUCUGGAAGGAGCUGGGCCCAGCCUGGACUACCAGCCGGGCUGACUGGACAGAUAAUGAGCCCCCACUCUACCAACCCACCUUUUAUGAUGGCUGGCAGCCUCCAGAGCCCUCCAACCAGGAACCCUUAGGAUACCAGGACUCCAUUUCCCUCCGAGAGAGAAGUCCUAGGUUAGGGAGCAGCACACCUUUUGCUCAGGAGAAGACACACAAUGAUGGUCCUCGGCCUGGGGACCCCAGCUUCCGGCUCUCCAGACCCACACUUGUCAAGCCAGCCCUGAAAAUGCAAGUCCUGUAUGAGUUUGAAGCUAGAAACACACAGGAACUGACUGUGGUCCAGGGAGAGGUGCUGGAGGUUCUGGACCAGAGCAAGCGGUGGUGGCUGGUGAAGAACGAGGCAGGACAGAGUGGUUACAUUCCCAGCAACAUCUUGGAGCCCCUGCAGCCGGAGACCUCCAGGAGCCAGGGCCAAUCGCCCCCUAGGGCUUCAGUGCUUCGCCCCAGCUCGAAGCCUGAGGAGGUCGCGGCCUGGCUGCAGGCAGAGAACUUCUCCACUGUCACGGUGAGGACCCUCGGGUCCUUAACAGGGAGCCAGCUGCUUCACAUAAGACCUGGGGAGCUACAGAUGCUGUGUCCACAGGAGGCCCCACGAGUCCUGACACGGCUGGAGGCUGUCAGAAGGAUGCUGGGGAUGAGCCAUUAGGCACCAGCUUAGACAAUUCCAAGACCAAGUGCCGCUCACAUGCAAGAUGGCAGAUCUGCCACCCUUUAGAGCACCAAGAAGUCCUCUUCCAGGUCCCCGGGUUGCAGUAAACCCCACACCCUGGCUCACACAGCAAAGAGGAUGAGCAGACCCAGAGGCUGAAGCAAAUGGUGCCCCUUCUGGCUGUGUUGGGAGCCCUCCCCGGUUACUACCUAUUUAUUUUCUCUCUCCCCUGAGCCUAGUGCACUUCUGUCUAGGCUUGCCAGGAAUCUGUUCGGUCCCUCUCCUUCCCAAUAAAAGCAUCUU